UCUCUCCUUCCUCUGUGAGCUUCCAACUCCUCUCUCUCUGUGAUUUAGCUUCUGAACAUCAGCACCGAAAGAGAUCCGGAUUCAAUCCACGAAGACCCGGAUCCGUCGGAAAUGAACAUAUUCAGAUUAGCGGGUGACAUGACCCAUCUCGCCAGCGUCCUCGUCUUGCUCCUCAAGAUCCACACCAUCAAAUCCUGUGCUGGUGUUUCAUUGAAGACUCAAGAGCUCUACUCCCUUGUUUUUGUCACGCGCUACUUGGACAUCUUCACUGAUUUCAUAUCUUUAUAUAAUACUGUCAUGAAGCUGAUAUUCUUGGGGAGCUCUUUCUCGAUUGUUUGGUACAUUAGGCAGCACAGGGUUGUGCGCAGGUCUUAUGAUAGAGACCAAGACACCUUCCGCCACUUAUUCCUACUGGGACCAUGUCUGCUUUUGGCUCUUAUAUUCAAUGAGAAGUUCACUUUUAAGGAGGUCAUGUGGUCAUUUUCAUUAUUUUUAGAAGCCGUGGCCAUCCUUCCUCAGCUUGUGUUGUUGCAGAGAACGAGAAAUAUUGACAACUUGACAGGGCAAUACGUCUUCCUCCUUGGUGCAUAUCGAGCAUUAUACAUCCUCAACUGGAUUUACCGCUACUUCACUGAACCACACUACGUCCAUUGGACACCAUGGAUUGCUGGGAUUGUUCAAACACUGCUUUAUGCCGACUUCUUCUACUAUUACUUCCACAGUUGGAAAAACAACCAGAAGCUUCAGAUACCUGCUUGAGUUAAGCUACCCUUUACUUGGCCAUUGCUUUAGGAUACGCAAAAGGAUCGGAUACCGUAACGGGGAUUAUUGGGCUGCAGUUUUCAAAGCUCUGCUGUUUUAACUCUUCCCAAUUUGCCUGUUUCACAUGGCUUCUUGAAUCAACAACUGUUUUUAAGUACUUAGGAUUGUAUACUUCUCAGUGUCAUAAGUUCUGUAUCAUCUCAGAA